CGCCAUAACCGUUAUACGAUUGUGGCUGUGCUAUUAGUGACUACUUUGUAUUACUUUAUAUUAUAUUUUUAAAACCAUUGUGAGUUUAAAGCGUCGAAUCCUAUACAUCUAAUACGUUUUACGAAAUAAAGUUGAUCCAUCGCAUAUUUAUCGAAUAAACGCAAAAUAUUAGAAAUGAAGACUACCGUGGACAUAGCAGACAUGAAAAAAUUGUCCGACGUCGUCGACUACGACUCACUCCAUUUACGAAAAUUAAUAAUAAAUAGAACAAGCAAGAAAGUGUCAAAACUAUUGGACAAAGAAGAAAUAAAACUCUGACAAAGAAGAAAAAACCUGAAAUUACUUUUGGAGAAAGAAAACGAGGAAAUUUUGGAAGAACUCGAAAGAAAGAAGCAAAGAGAAGAAUGCGAUUAUUACAAAGAAAAAUAUGAAAAACUACAAAAGUAUCAAGAGGAUCUUGAACUGGAAAAGGAAAAGGAGUGUUUGAAAGCUUUGGAAAGAGAAAAAAUAGCAACAGGCAUGCGAUGUACGAAACAAGACGAGAUUAUGCUGAAACAGAUGCAAAAAAUGCAAAUGAUGGAAAAAAAGGAAAUAGAAGAACAAGAACGAGCGGUAGAAGCCAUGUGGCAUCAAGUACUUAUUGAUGAUUUUCUCAGAAAGACGCACAUAGAAAAAAUAAUGGCACGUAAAAGACAAGAGGAAAUGGUCGAACGUCGAAAAGUGUAUGACGCGCAGAUAGCGAGCGCCAAUCAGAAACGACAGCAGAUUAUCCGAGAAGAGAUUGAGAGAGAGAACACACGGCUCGAGAAAAUCAAGCGGAAAAUGGAGCAAGAUCAUUAUGCAGAAUUAGAAAGAAAAAAACAGCAACAAAUGACAAACAAGAAAAAUUACCUAACGUCGAGCGAUAUAAAAUUAUCAAGGAUUCAAAGUGAAAAAUUAUCUGAAAAGGAAUUUGAUAACGCAGUAAUUAGAAAAGCAUUGGAGGAAUUGCGACAAGAAAGACAGAAGAAACUAAGAGAAAUUCAAAAUAAGCAAAUUGAAAAACAAAUAUGCGUGGAGAACUACAAGAAAGAGAAAGAGGCAGCGUUAGCGAUGGAGCAGGAGAGUGAUCACAUCGGCCGAAUGUGGAGACAACAGGAACAAAGCCGUAUUGAUGAAUGUUACCAACGAGUAGAACGCGAACAGCGGAUAAGCAGAGAGACUGCAGCUAAAGAAUACAAAGAUCACGUUGAUAAAAUUAAUAACGAGUUAAUAAAAGCUAAACAGCAAAGAGGCGAAACAAUGGAGCGCGUAAAACGAACUGCGUUGAAAGAACUUCGAGACAAUAUACGCCGCGCUGACUUGGAGUUGAAGAAGCAAAUUGAUUACAGAAAUAACUUAAACAAACAGAUACAGGACAAUCAAAAUCACUUGAUAAUGGAACAAAAACAAAUUGAAAUGAGAGACAGACCUUUUACGAAGAAAGCCUUAAUGUUUCAAGAUGCAAUGUACAGAAAGUUUAAAAAGGCUCACGACGGAAUGAGUAGCAGCACUACAAACCCAAUUCAUCCAUUCAGAAGAUCAAUGCAGUCUAAACAAGGAAACUCAAUUCAAUUGCCGCACAUAAUAUAAAAACGUAUUUAUCUGCAACAAACAAUUCUUGAAUGUAUUUGGAGAUAUUAUAUAACUCCGCUAGAGCGAAAAAAUUCAAAUUCCCGGCAGCGGAACCUUUUCAAAUUAAAUAAGAUUGACGUCGGCUUAUUUCAACGCGCCGUCAAUACAAGCUUGACAUGAUACAUGGAGUAUCAAGACGGCGGAAGCAAUCUAUAUACACCGCUAAAAAGGAGUAGAGACAGAAGUGUUGAUAACCAAACUGUACCGAGCCAAUACGAAUUGUUACGGCAACCGUAAGCACCAGUACGGAUUUUCAUGUGCCUUGCCUACUACAAGCAAAGGAUCUACGAUCUCUAGUCGACUGCAUACGUAUUUGCAGUCUACGACGCAGAAGCAGCUCAGGAACCGCUGAUAGAAAAGCGACGGUUAAAGUAAACAGUGAACUCGCGUACAGUAUAAAUAAUGACCUGAGCGGUGUGGCUCCAACUUAGUAUUAAGCCUAGUACAUAUAAGUGUAGUAUAUUUAAACCAUGUUAGCUUAUGACUCCCAAUUAUUUGAAUAUGUAAAUAGUAUUGUAUUUAGUAGCUAAGUUUAUAAGUUAUAACAAGUUUUAAUUGAAACUGAGGGCAUUGUGAUCCCAAAUGAACUAAAACUAAGAACAAGUGUAACAGUGGCGCCUUGAUAACAAGACCGAUACGAUGCGGGCACUGCGCACAUCCAUAGCUGUAUAUAAGUGCUGUAUUCAGUCUGAUUCAAACUUUUUGGUUGUUCUGAAGAUCGCAAGUUUCCAGGCGUCGAACACAAUAUUAGGUGUCAAAUGCGUUACUGUUUACGUAUAGCCGAUCUCAGUAGGAAAAUUAAUGUUUUGUUAUAUUAAAAAUUAAAUUGAACCUAAAUAUAUUGUCGAUUUGACUAUACCUGCGCAGACCUGCGCUCGCAGUUAACUUCACAGCCGCCAAGAAGUUUGAAUGGAACUGUACUAACAGAGGUACACAACUAAUAGUGGAACAAAUUCUCGAUUCAAGACAAGGGUCGUAACUGUAGUUAUUGUAUUAACUUAGGGCUUGCUUUGACUUAAUGAUCUUCAUCUUUAAGAUUGUACCGUUCCUACAUAGACAGGCUAGUAUGAAUAAAGUAAAUAGGUAAAUUUUAGAUCCUCUCCAACACACAACGGCAUAAUGCCGCUUGAGGCUUUGUCUGGUGUUGCCGGUUUUACCAACGCUACAUGAGCAGAACUUUAGGAGUGUCUACUGGAACGUAUCCAGAAGAAAUACAAGAUAACGUGGCCAGGCAGUGUUUGCACGACCAGCGAUUAAAGGCUGUUCACCUUUGUGAUAAACCUAUACACCGUGUGCUUGUUACGUGCUUUUGGUGCCAGGGUAUCUAAUGGCGCUUUUUCGCUUCUGUACAACCGCCAUUCAAUGGGCAGCUCAGAAUUGGCGCGGCCAAGAGGGAUCCGACUGUCUAAUUACACAAAGCAUUCUGGGCCCUUAUUCUGUAUGAUAGUGUAAACGCGUAACGCGGCCGUGUCAUGUUAUCUUUGAGAAAUGUGCGUGGAAUGGUAUUCUGUAAGCCAAAGUUCUAUAGUCCUUAACAUGAUGCGUUGUGUUACGUGGUUGUUACACACUGUCAAAAUAACGUGCGGGAUAGAGAAUAAGGCCCCUGAUGGUUCGUACUCUUAAUGCCAACGUGAAGAACUUCAAGCAAGCGCGGGUAAACGGCGGGAGUAACUAUGACUCUCUUAAGGUAGCCAAA